AAAUGUCAGAUUGUCUCUUAUGACUUUUAUACUUUGAUAUAUAACUAUAUCGCGCUAUCACGUCUCUACUUUGUUCAAGUAAUAUUUUCAGUUAUAUUUUGUGAUAUUUAAGCUUCUUAGAAAGCAUACUGUUAUCGUUUCAUUCAUAUCAUAACUUCCAAUGUUUUUUAAUAGUUUUGAGUAUGGUUGAAGAUAAAAACUAUAAAAUUGGAAGUCGCAUAGAAUGUGAUGGGUAUCAAGGUAUAUUAAAAUAUGUUGGUCCUGUUGGCAAUACUAAAGGCCUUUGGUUGGGUAUAGAUUGGGAUGAUCCUGGACGUGGAAAGCAUAAUGGUACAUAUGAAGGUGCUGAAUAUUUUAAAGCUAGGCAAACUACAUCAGGAUCAUUUGUAAGGCCUGGUAAAAUUAAAUUUGGUAUAUCUUGUCCACAAGCAAUCAAACAACGUUAUGGUCUAAUCGAUGAUGAAUUGGCUGGAGUAGAUAAAGAUACUUUAUCAUCUUUGCAAAAAGAAAUGAAUGCUCCAUUCUUGGAAAUGGUUGGAUUCUCAAAAGUGAAUAAAAAACAAAGUAAAUUUGAUCAAUUAAAAAUGAUAUGCUUAAGAGAGCAAUGUGUCAAUGAUGCUGGUGCUCCUGGUGAAUUACAAGAAUUAUGUCCUAAUUUGGAAGAAUUAGAUCUAUCUAAAAAUUUAAUAAGUUCCUGGAAAACUGUUGCAAAUAUCUGUAGUCAACUCCAUUCUCUUAAACGGCUUAAUGUUAGUGAAAAUUAUUUGCUACCUGAAGAAAAUAUGGAAACAUUAAAAUAUGCAUUCACAUCUGUAAAAAGUUUGACUAUUACUAAAAUGAAUUAUAACUGGUCUGAUGUGCAGAAAUGUGUGCAUAUGUUUUCAUCAUUGGAAGAGCUAUCAGCUUCAUUUAAUAUUAUUAGCAUUUUAGAUGAUUCAUUAAAAUAUUCAACUUCAAUGAGAAUACAAACAAUAAUGCUUGAAGGAAAUUUCUUGUCAAGUUGGACAGAAAUUCUUAAAUUAGGUUCACUUCCAUGUUUAGAAUGCCUUAAUUUGAAUUCUAAUACAAUAGAUAGAAUAAGGUUUCCAUCUGUCACAUCAACGGGUAAAACAAAUAUUUUUUCUGCUUUACGGCAAUUGCAUAUAUCGGAAAAUAACAUAUCAGAGUGGCAAUCUGUGAGUGAACUGGAGAAACUUAAUAACUUAGAAGAUUUUAGAUUUAGGGGAAAUCCAAUUUUAAAAGAUUACACUUUAGAAACAGGAAGACAAUUAAUAAUAGCAAGAAUAUCACAUUUAAAAUUAUUAAAUGGCACGGAGAUAACCCACGAAGAAAGAAGAGGUGCCGAGUACGAUUAUUUAAAAUUAUAUUUACGAAAAUGGAUAGAAACAGAAAAUAAUCCUGAUAAAAGAAAUUUGUUCAUAAAUGAACAUCCUCGAUAUCCAAUUUUAGUUGAUAAGUAUGGAAUAUCCGAUAUUCCAUCGUCUAAAGCAAAAGCAGAAAUGGUUUCUAACGUUAUAACGGUAGAAUUUAUAUGUCCAAAUGAUCCUCAUCAAUUUAAAGGAAUUAAAAGAAAACUUCUUAAAGAUAUGGAAGUUCAAAAAGUGAUAGGACUUGCACAGAGACUUUUUAAAACUGGUGGUAGAAUUCCAACACUUUCAUUUGUACAACAAGAUCUUUCAAAAGAAGAAAUUCCUUUAGAUAAACCGUUACAAGAACUCAGUUAUUAUUCUAUUCAAGAUGGUGAUCAAGUUCUUGUGAGGUGGUGAUAUUAACUUAAUUAUUUAUGCAUAUGACUGUAUUUUCUAUACUGUUGAGAAAUUUCUUCACCAUAAUUUGUUAUUAAACUUUUUUAAUCACA